UCCGGUGCUGGGGAUGGUGCUACUAAAGGUUUAUGGGUUGCAUUAUUUCAGCUUUGCUAAGGUUCUGGGAAGCUAAGAAGUUAAGAGAUGGGCCCAAAGUGAAGCUGGGGGUCGAAUAAAAUUAGUUUAAUUCUAAAAUACAUGCUUCUAAGCAUCUGGCUACACCUUCUCUCCAAAGGUUUUAGUCAAUUCAAACGAGCGCCGUUUUUCUCCACGAAAAAACCGAUCAACUGCACCARAACUGGAGAGAAGUCACCGAAAUGGUGGUUCCGCGCAGGGCGUCGGUUCCUUUACGUCAUCACGCUGCGCGGCCGCCUCGCGCAUCACGUGCUCUGGGAACCCGUCGGCAGAUGGCGAGGUAUGUAGGGUAGCAGGGAUACGUGCCCUGCGUUUCUGUGGCGUAAGAUGGCGCUGCACUUUGCACGUUCUUGGCGCUUGUACAGCUGGGGAGCCAAACGAUGUGGGGCUGCCGCAGGGGAAGCCCGAAGAGGCAUCAGUUUCAAACUGGAAGAAAAAACUGCCCACAGCAGUCUGGCACUCUUCAGAGGUGACACAGGUGUCAAAUAUGGCUUGGUAGGAUUGGAACCCACCAAGGUGGCCCUGAAUGUGGAGCGCUUCCGGGAGUGGGCAGUGGUGCUGGCAGACACAGCGGUCACCAGUGGCAGACAUUACUGGGAGGUGACAGUGAAGCGCUCCCAGCAAUUCCGGAUAGGAGUGGCAGACAUGGACAUGUCCCGGGAUAGCUGCAUCGGUAUUGAUGAUCGUUCCUGGGUGUUCUCCUAUGCUCAGCGCAAGUGGCACACCAUGUUGGCCAACGAGAAAGCCCCAAUUGAGGGUAUUGGGCAACCCGAGAAAGUGGGGCUGCUGUUGGACUAUGAGGCCAAGAAGCUGAGCCUGGUGGAUGUGAACAAGGUCUCUGUGGUCCACACGCUACAGACAGAUUUCCGGGGUCCGGUGGUGCCUGCUUUUGCUCUUUGGGAUGGAGAGCUGCUGACCCACUCUGGGCUUGAGGUGCCAGAGGGUCUCUAGUAUGUCCAUUAUUAGAGUCCCUAAUCAUACUCUUGGCCAGUUUCCAACUGAAAGUAUAUGAAGACCUCUAUCUCCCACAAUUCAUUGAUGGGUCCUCUGUGCAAUAUCUUAGUCAUUUUCUGUUUUCUACCCCGUGAAAGCUAGGCAUACGGUCAA